AUGGGGAUCUUUGACAUCAGCUCCGGGAAUGUGGACUUUGGCAUAACGUGCCCAGGCACGGUGAUGCGGGACCUGCAGCACGACGAACCGGAACAGGUGGCCAAGAUCAAGACGCUGCAGACAUCGUACUCGUCGACGCAAAAAGCCUACCAGUGCGACCUGUGGAGCACUGACCUGCGCCCCGUCAACAGCUUCAUCACGGCCAUCGAUGGGCUCGAGGAGCUAACAAUCUAUAACUACGAGCGCGACGUGCCCGCUCUCUGGGAAGCUAUCUUCCACCACGGCCACAGCCUGCGCAGCUUGGCCAUCCACACUCCCACCUGCAGCUCCAUGCCCGCCGGCUUGUGGACACACGAUGCUGUCCAAGUCCUCGCCGACCGCCUGCCGCUGCUGAAGCACCUCGAACUGGACGCCAGUCCAGCCGAGGCCGAGUUCUACUUGGCCAACACUAGCAGCAACAUCUGGCGCCGCCUGUCAUCGAUCAAGGCGCACCUGUCGCCAAAGUCACUGUUGUCGCCAAUGAAGAAGGACACGUUGCCUGUCGCCGACAUUCCGUCCCCGCCUCCCAAAGAGGAGGAGGACCAGGCCCCGUCGACCGCGAACGAGCAGAAAGACUGGGUCCUCGACGCCGCCACGAAACUCCACGGCCUAGAGUCCAUCCGCAUCAACGUCAGCCUGGAAGACGCGGCAUCUUCCUUUGCAGGGGAGCACAAGUGGACCAUAAUGGGCAGCUCAGUCUUUCCGGAACCGAACAAGCAAGCGUGUCAGGACUUGGCGCGCAAGAUCUUCGACCAAUUCUCUCAGCAGACACAGCCAGGCUCAGAACAAGAGCAGGCAGCAGCACCGCCGGCGGCGCUCACGCACCUCGAGCUGCGAUUCCCCCGCCGCCUCUUUGACGACCGCUGCCAGUUCUGGAACAUGGCGUUCUCGGUGCACGUGCGUAGGAGCCCAGGCACGGGCGCCGUCGAGGUGCUGGCCGACGAGGGCUGGAAGACGUAUAUGCCCGACACGCCACCGCCGCUGUAUGAUAUGAGGAUCAAGAUGCUCAACGGGUGGUAG